AUGCUUCUUUUCUUUUCUUUCUCCUUUCUUUUUGUUCUUCCAUUUUGUUUUUCUCCUUUUUCAUUUGUUUUAUUUACUUAUUGUCUUACUCUCGUCUUUGUCUUUCAGUCGCUUAUUUUUUUUUUUUAUGUGUUUCUUCGUAUGAAACACGUUUUAUUCUGCUUCUUUGUCUUUCUUGACGCAUUGUUUAUUUUUAUUUACUCUUGUUCUACUUUCAAUUUCUUCUUUGUUCGUUUUACAUUCUCUUUCGUUUUCCUUUUUUUCCUUCCUUUUUUCCUUCCUUUUUUCCUUCCUUUAUCCCUGAUUUUUUUUUUUUACCUCUGUUCAUUCCGUUCUUCUUUGUUAGAGGUUCGCUUUCUACUUUGUUUUGUUUUUGCCUUAUUCCCUACCUUGUUUAUUUUACUUGCUGUUUAUUAUUGUUUAUCCUCCUUGUUUAGUCACUUCUUUUUGCUUUCUUUAUCAUUCUUUAUAUCUGUCAUUUUUCUUUCUUUAAUCUCACUUGUUUUCUUUUUCAGUUUGCUUGGUUCUGUCUUUCUUUCUUUCUCUUUUUCUACAUUUUUUCACUUUUUCUUUCUUUCUUUCUUUCUUUCUUUCUUUCUUUCUUUCUUUCUUUCUUUCUUUCUUUCUUUCUACUCCUACAUUCUUAUCACUUUUUUUCUUUCUGUCUGUCUUUCUUCCUUUCUCUUUUUCUACAUUUUUUCACUUUUUCUUUCUUUCUUUCUUUCUUUCUUUCUUUCUUUCUUUCUUUCUUUCUUUCUUUCUUUCUUUCUACUCCUACAUUCUUAUCACUUUUUCUUUCUGUCUGUCUUUCUUUCCUUUCUUUUUUCUUCCUAUUCUACACUUUUAUUGUUUCAUUUCUUUUCUCGUUUUUCGUUCUUCCCCCCACUCUAUAUCAUUCCUUCCACUUUUUUUACUAUUCUUAAUUUUUUUAAUCAUUUUUUUCCUCGCUUUCUUUCUUUUCAUAUUUUUCAUUGUGUUCUUUCUUUUUCUUUUUUUUUUCUUUACAUCGAUUCUAGAUUAACAGUCAGACGAUCAUUGCAACUAACAAGGAGACCCACACACACGCUGUUAAGACCUUCUCUCGUGCUAUCCCUACUAUCUGUCUGUUCUUUCCCUUUCUCUCUCUCUCUCUGUCUAUAUACAACUAUCUAUCUAUCUAUCUAUCUAUCUAUCUAUCUAUCUAUCUAUCUAUCUGUCUGUCUGGGCGUAUGUAUGUCUCGCUGUCUGUUACGUGGCACAUUCGUAUGUAUUUGUGCCAACAGUGUAUGCACUUAG